GGUUGGGCCGUGGUUCGUUGUCCCGUCUAAAAAACAAAAGCAACGUCGGCGAACUGAUGAAAUCAUAAUCCCUAAUCCAUCUCUGUUCACCUUCUUCUCCCAGUCUUCGCGCUCUUCUUCCGAUAGCUUCCAUCCAGCGAAAAUGCAGGCCAGCGAUAGGUUUAACAUCAACUCCCAGCUCGAACAUCUCCAGGCCAAGUACGUCGGCACCGGCCAUGCCGAUAUGAACAGAUUCGAGUGGGCGGUGAACAUUCAGCGAGAUAGCUAUGCUUCUUAUGUUGGCCACUACCCAAUGCUGGCUUACUUUGCUGUUGCUGAGAACGAAUCCAUUGGAAGAGAGCGCUACAACUUCAUGCAGAAAAUGCUUCUGCCUUGUGGCCUGCCACCUGAAAGAGAAGAUGAAUGAAUCUUGGUUAGAUGCCUGGAUGGAUGAUUCCCGACCUCCAAGGUUAAGAUCCUGCAGUUCCAUCGUAUGAGUGCUUGUGUGUAUGUUCAUGGGAAGAGCAACUGUCCUAUGCCAGUAAAUCGAAACGUAUGACAUGUUGGAUUCAUUCCCGGGUUGUAGAAUGUAUAAACAUGUUAUCAUAGCAUCUUUUCUCAGUAUGGCUAUAUAAAACUGCAUUCUGGUUCGGUUUGAGACAGCUUUGCUCUCUUCAGUAAUGCUCAAUGAAAUGUAUCCAGUGUUUGAAAGAUAACACAAAUUGGAAAGUUUUGUGUGUUAAUGCUGUUAUUCUACCGCUGGUAACGAGUUAGCCCCAAAUUCUGAGGUGCAAUUAAAAUGAUUCAAAUGUGC